CCACCACACACCAUGCCGUCGACGUCUUCGCGCGACUCGCGCAUCGCGUCGCACUCGCACAUCAAGGGCCUCGGCCUCGCCGACGACGGCAGUGCGCUGCCCGUCGGCUCGGGCUUCGUGGGGCAAAAGUCGGCGCGCGAGGCCUGCGCCCUCGUGCUCGACCUGAUCCGCGGCAAGCGCUUCGCCGGGCGCGCCCUGCUGCUGGCGGGAGGGCCGGGGACGGGCAAGACGGCGCUGGCGCUCGGCAUGGCGCACGAGCUCGGCAGCAAGGUGCCCUUCUGUCCCAUGGUCGGCAGCGAGGUGUACUCGGCAGAGGUCAAGAAGACCGAGGUGCUGAUGGAGAACUUUCGGCGAGCGAUUGGACUGCGCGUGCGCGAGACGAAGGAGGUGUACGAGGGCGAAAUCACCGAGCUGACGCCCGUCGAGGCCGACAAUGCCCUCUCGGGCUACGGCAAGACGAUUGCGAGCGUCGUGAUUGGCCUCAAGACGGUCAAGGGCACCAAGCAGCUACGCCUCGAUCCCAGCAUCUACGAGAGCAUCAUGAAGGAGCGCGUGAGCGUCGGCGACGUCGUGUACAUCGAGGCCAACACGGGCGCAGUCAAGCGCGUCGGCCGCUCCGACGCAUACGCCACAGAAUUUGACCUCGAGGCGGAAGAGUACGUGCCGCUGCCCAAGGGCGAGGUGCACAAGCGCAAGGAAGUCGUGCAGGACGUAACGCUGCACGACCUCGACAUGGCCAAUGCCAAGCCGCAGGGCGGACAGGACAUCAUGUCCGUCGUCGGCCAGCUCGUCAAGGGCCGCCGGACGGAGGUGACGGACAAGCUGCGCGCCGAGAUCAACCGCGUCGUCGAUCGCUACAUCGAACAGGGCAUCGCGGAACUCGUGCCCGGCGUGCUCUUCAUCGACGAGGUGCACAUGCUCGACCUCGAGUGCUUCACCUAUCUCAACCGUGCUCUCGAGUCGACGAUUUCGCCGCACGUCAUUCUCGCCACGAACCGCGGCGAGUGUGUGGUGCGCGGCACCGAGUACGACGGCGGCGCCUCGGGCACGGGCGAGGGCAUUGUGGCGCCGCACGGCAUUCCGCUCGAUCUGCUCGACCGCUGCAUGAUUGUGCGCACCAAGCCGUACGCGGCAGAGGAGAUCAAAGAGGUGCUGCGAUUGCGCGUCAAGACGGAGGGAUUGGCCAUUGCCGAGGAGGCGCUGGAGAAGCUGACCGAGGAGGGCGUGCGGAGCAGUCUGCGGUACGCACUGCAGCUCCUCUCGCCCGCCAGCAUCCUCUCGCGCAUUGCAGGACGCAGCGAGAUUGCCGUCGCCGACAUCGCAGAGACCGACGGCCUCUUCCUCGACGCGCGCCGCUCGGCGCGACACCUCGCGGGCGCCGAUGGCGCGGGCAUGCUGUAGGCGAGGCGGGACCAGCGCAGGGGGCCGACGCAGGGCCCAAUGUCACUCUAUAUACGCUCUACGC